AUGUCGCGAACCAUGGCCGAUAACAUGGCGAGCCAGUACCAGAUGAUGGAGGAGCUUGGAAGCGGAAGUUUUGGUACCGUCUACAAGGCGAUUGACAAGUCUACCGGGGAAAUUGUUGCGAUCAAGCAUAUCGAUCUCGAGUCGAGCGAAGAUGAUAUACAAGAGAUUCAGCAGGAGAUCUCCGUCCUGGCGACGUGCGCGAGCCCCUACGUUACUCGGUAUCAUGCUAGCUUCCUCCGGGGACAUAAACUGUGGAUUGUGAUGGAGUAUCUGGGCGGCGGAUCGUGUCUUGACUUGCUGUUACUUGGGUUGGAUUACCUGCACAGUGAAGGCAAAAUACAUCGGGACGUCAAAGCGGCCAAUGUUCUCCUUUCUCACACUGGUAAAGUGAAGCUGGGGGACUUUGGCGUUGCGGCACAGCUCACCAACAUCAAAUCUCAACGCAAUACGUUCGUUGGAACUCCGUUCUGGAUGGCACCAGAGGUGAUUCAACAGUCUGGGUACGAUUACAAGGCGGAUAUCUGGUCUCUGGGCAUUACCGCUAUGGAGAUGAUCAAUGGAGAACCGCCGCAUGCUGCUAUUCACCCGAUGAAGGUGCUCUUCCUGAUCCCCAAAGAACCAGCUCCUCGGUUACAGGGUGACGGCUACAGCAGUGCUUUAAAAGACUUUAUCGCGCAGUGCUUGACCAAAGACCCGGAACGCAGGCCCAGCGCAAAGGAACUUCUAAGGCACAAGUUCAUCCGCAACGCUGGGAAGACGGAGGCUCUGCAGGAGCUUAUUCACCGGAAGCAGGACUGGGACAGUGGACGUGGUGUUUCAAGGAAUGUGAAAUACUAUGCGGAAUCUUUGAAUACAAUUACACAUUUCACAGACGAUGCCGGCUGGGUGUUUGACACAGUCAAAGCACCUACCAUGGUUAUCCGAGAGGACUCUGAUGUCUCAGACAGCGGAUCCAUCAUUCAUGACCCUCUAUAUGAUGAGUCUGCGGAGAUGGUGGAAAAUCUUCGCAUCUCUAGCCCACCAACCCAGAAGUACGCAAACGGUACUGCCGUCCGCCGUAUUCCAGCACCCGACCGCAGCCCGUCUCUGCGGCGACCGAAGCGACGGUCCAGCGGUGUUAAGCAACCACUAGGAGUGGACUUGACAUUUGGCAAUAGCCCUUCCACGGUCCGUCAAUUCCGUCGCGUGUCUGAUAAAUCGCCAAGCGAGGAUCCAUUCUCCUCAUACCAGCUUACCGGAGACGAAAAUGCGAGUCCUAAGUCUAUAUACUCAGAAACCAACAGCAAAGAAGCUCAACUGGGACGUCGAGCAUACAGCAAGGCUGUAGGUCACGCUUGCCAGGAGGUUCUGGGAACUACUGGAGACCAAGAGAAGCGGGAAGCGAUUUCUCGUCUUGCUGAGGCUUGGAGUGACCUAGAAAUGGUGGAUCCAGAAGGCCUAUACCACAUCCUCCGAGCCACUAAUGAGAAACUGCUAAGCGAUCCCAAGCUGUCAAGUCUCGUCCCACAGGGUCCACCACCCGAAUCCCCACAAAGGCCUCGUCUGGUUCUUGCACAGAACAACCCACACCUGAAAAGCCACCGGCGGCGUCAGUCUGCUGCAGUAGCCGAGCCGAAUCCACAGCCACAGCUCGCGAAUCUCCCCGGCCAGUCAGUACCAGGCAUGGAACAUGUCAAGCAACUGUCCGAUGUACUCUACCAGCGGUGGUCUGAAGGCCUUCGCAACCGAUGGCCCGGGAUUUGAGACGGCCUUUCUUUUGCUGUACAAAACGGUCCUAGGCGUUAUAACCAGUUCGUCGCUUUCGUCGCUUUCGUCGCUCAUUUUCUCUAUCAUAAUACCCUCGUUCCGCCACUGU